CUUCCUUCACCCAAUUACAUACUUUUUCAAGAGAGAGAAAUUGAGCUUGUUUUUCUGAAUGUGACACAUACUAUUACUACCCAUUAACCUUUCUUCUCUCUUCAUUUCUCUCUUCUUUUUCUUUUUUGUGGGUAUCCUUCUUCUCACAUUCUCUCCGAUUCUUCAGAUCCCAUUCUCCUUUUCUAUUUAUCUUUUUAAUUUUCUAACUCUGUUCUUACUCUGUUUUUCACUCAUUUUAUCUGAUUAUUUUUUUGAUUUUUUUCCCUUUUUGAAAUUUUAGUUUAAGGGUGUUAAUCUUCAAUUUGCUACAGUUUGGUGAAACCCUUUUCUUGGAUUCACCUAAUUUAGGGUUUUUUCUCUUCCAAUUUGGUGUCUUUUCAAGCUUCCAGAACUCAGAUUUGAGCGGUUGAGAUCUGUGGGUGAAUGCUUUAACUCAGGUCUUUUUUGGGGUUUUGCAGCUAAUUUAUGUUUUUUCUAAAAAAAAAAUUGAAAAAAAUGUGGAAAGAAAUAUAGUGGUAAGGUGUUGAGUAUAUUUAAGUUGGUGGGUUGAACUCAUUUCCGAAAUUUAAGGGUUAGAUAACAAAAAUUUGAAUUUCAAAAUUAUAUUUGCUGGUUAAAGUUUGAAUUUUUGGUGGAUUGCUAAGGAAAACCCAGUAAAAUGCAGAAACCUCCUCAAGAAGAUUUCUCUCUGAAAGAGACAAAUCCCCACCUUGGUGGUGGAAAAGUAACUGGUGAUAAGCUUACUAGUACUUAUGAUCUUGUUGAGCAAAUGCAAUACCUCUAUGUGAGGGUUGUUAAGGCUAAAGAUUUACCUAGUAUGGAUGUUACUGGUGGUUGUGACCCUUAUGUUGAAGUGAGGCUUGGGAACUAUAAGGGUACGACUCGACAUUUUGAGAAGAAGUCGAAUCCUGAAUGGAGUCAGGUGUUUGCCUUUUCGAAGGAACGAAUUCAGGCAUCGGUUCUUGAGGUUACUGUGAAGGAUAAGGAUGUUGUGAAGGAUGAUUUUAUUGGCCGUGUGUUGUUUGAUCUUAAUGAGGUUCCGAAGAGAGUGCCACCGGAUAGUCCUUUGGCGCCGCAGUGGUAUAGACUUGAAGACAGGAAGGGUGAUAAGGGUAAGGGAGAGUUGAUGUUAGCUGUGUGGUGGGGUACUCAAGCUGAUGAAGCGUUUCCUGAGGCGUGGCAUUCGGAUGCUGCUACUGUUAGUGGGACGGAUGCUCUUGCUAAUAUUCGUUCGAAGGUGUAUUUGUCUCCUAAGCUUUGGUACCUGAGGGUGAAUGUGAUUGAGGCUCAGGACUUGGUUCCGGGUGACAAAGGACGAUUUCCUGAAGUCUAUGUUAAGGCUAUUCUUGGAAGCCAGGCUCUUAGAACUAGAGUCUCUCAGAGCAGGACCAUCAAUCCUAUGUGGAAUGAAGACCUUAUGUUUGUAGCGGCGGAGCCUUUUGAAGAGCCCUUGAUUUUGAGUGUGGAGGAUAGAGUUGGGCCUAACAAGGAUGAAGUGUUGGGCAGGUGUGCAAUUCCUCUGCAAUAUGUUGACAGGCGGCUGGAUCAUAAACCGGUUAACACUAGGUGGUUCAAUCUUGAGAAACAUAUUGUUGUAGAUGGUGAGAAAAAGAAGGAAAUCAAGUUUUCCAGUCGUAUUCAUCUGAGGGUCUGUUUGGAAGGUGGUUAUCAUGUUUUGGAUGAGUCGACACAUUACAGUAGUGAUCUCAGGCCAACAGCUAAACAGUUGUGGAAGCAUAGCAUUGGAGUUCUUGAACUUGGUGUCUUAACUGCACAGGGUUUGAUGCCGAUGAAGGUGAAGGAUGGCCGUCAGACCACUGAUGCUUAUUGUGUUGCCAAAUAUGGUCAAAAAUGGGUGAGAACAAGAACUAUCAUUGAUAGUUUUAGUCCUAAGUGGAAUGAGCAGUAUACAUGGGAGGUGUUUGAUCCUUGCACUGUCAUCACUGUUGGAGUAUUUGACAAUUGUCAUCUACACGGAGGAGGUGGAGGAGAUAAAGGUGGUGGAGCAAGAGAUUCGAGAAUUGGUAAAGUGAGGAUUCGACUUUCAUCCCUUGAAACUGAUCGUGUGUACACUCAUGCAUACCCGCUAUUGGUGUUGCAUCCUUCAGGAGUGAAGAAGAUGGGUGAAAUUCAACUGGCUGUGAGGUUCACAUGUUCAUCGUUGCUGAAUAUGAUGCAUAUGUACUCUCAUCCAUUGCUUCCUAAGAUGCAUUAUCUUCAUCCCUUAACUGUGAGUCAGCUUGAUAACUUGAGGCACCAGGCCACCCAGAUUGUGUCAAUGAGGUUGAGUCGUGCUGAGCCGCCUUUGAGGAAGGAAGUGGUCGAGUACAUGUUGGAUGUGGGAUCUCAUAUGUGGAGUAUGAGACGGAGUAAGGCGAAUUUCUUCAGGAUCAUGAACGUCUUGGGUGGGGUGAUUGCUGUCGGAAAAUGGUUUGACCAAAUAUGCAACUGGAAAAACCCCAUCACCACUGUUCUUAUCCACAUCUUGUUCUUCAUUUUGGUCAUGUACCCCGAAUUAAUUUUGCCCACAAUAUUCUUGUACUUGUUCCUCAUUGGUGUAUGGUACUAUAGAUGGAGGCCAAGGAAUCCACCCCACAUGGACACACGCCUAUCUCAUGCAGAUUCUGCACACCCCGAUGAAUUGGAUGAAGAAUUUGAUACAUUUCCAACUUCUAAGCCAGCUGAUAUCGUGAGAAUGAGGUAUGAUCGUUUGAGGAGUAUAGCCGGGAGGAUCCAGACUGUUGUUGGUGACUUGGCAACUCAGGGUGAGAGGCUCCAGUCUUUGCUGAGCUGGCGGGACCCUAGAGCCACCGCAUUGUUUGUUAUAUUCUGCUUGGUUGCUGCCAUUGUUCUGUAUGUCACACCAUUCCAGGUUGUGGCUCUUCUGACUGGGUUUUACGUGCUAAGACACCCAAGGUUCCGUCAUAAGCUUCCGUCUGUUCCCCUCAAUUUCUUCAGAAGGUUGCCUGCUCGUACAGACUCAAUGUUGUGAAUCUUUGUUGAAUUUGUUUUCCGAUCUUUAGCUGGAUUCAUUUUGGAUAGCACCUAUUUUCCCUUAUGUCAUAAAGAAGCUGCUGACACUCUGGUGCUCAUUUUCUUUCGGUUAGUGGCGAAUGUUAGAUAUGGGUAUGAUGUUUUACCCCUUUUUUCUGCAAACUGGUAGAAUUGUGGUUCUAUGUUUUUGUGUAUCUUGUAGAAUCCGUGGCCUGUAUGUUGACUAUAUGGGAACCGUAUUUAUGUGUUGAUUCUUAAAUCGCGUCUAAUAUAUAUUUUGCUACCUUAA